GAACGCCCUAAAGCAGACUUCGAAAGCGCUCGUCAGGCCUUUGGCUCGGGGUCAGGCGCCUUCGGAGGAGGAGAAGAGACCGAUCGUGCUUGCGAAAGCGUCUGGCUCGAAGCCCACACAGGUGAAGGGGCUUCCCGUCAUCAUCGGGAAGGCGUCCGGCAAGGCACAGGUCGGCUCAGCGAGAGUGGGCGAGCAUGAGAGAGGCGGUGUGAGUGAUGACGAGAGACAGUCUCAAGAUGGACGACAGGUGAGAAUCGAGAUUUGGCAUUGACGAUGUCGAGGAUGUCAGAUCCGCUGAUACUGGCAUGGCUCAGGACGUUGACGAAGUCGACGAAAUUCAUCCCAAUGCCAAGGAGGAUGAGGAGAUCCCCUCAUCUCACCCUCGACCCACUUCAUGGGCUGGCACGUCGAGCCCCAAAGAAGCAACAGCGUCUUCAAAAGUCGUAAAACCCAAGUCACUCCCAAGACCCAUAUCACCAUCUCCCAUGAGGAACAGGCCUCCUUUGCUUGUUCCGGCCGCUUCCAAGCUUGGCAAAGCAUCGGGAGGCGUGACUCCAAAGCCUGCGAGCAAAGGAGCGACGGUCAAACCCCAGACGAAGGGGAAAGCGGAAAGCUCCAAAGCUAAAGCUGGAGCUGAAGCUGGGAAGAAGAUUGAGGUGAAGCGAGUCCAGAAAACGAAAGACCCGGUAGGGCCAGUGGUGCAUGGAAAGCCUGUAGAGGCAAUGACCCCGCACGAUGAAACGGACGAAGCGAAGGAUCGCCAAAAAGAUCGAGGUCUUGACCAGGCGAAGGUACAGGAUGCGAGAAUGGAAACUGAGAAGGGUUCAAACCUUGACGAGUCCGAGAACGUUCAUAAGCUUGAAGACGAUGUUGACAAGGCGAGGGAACAGUCUAGAGACCGGAAUGCCAACUUCCAGCCCGAGAUUAAAGCGACCAAGUCAGGAUCCGCUCCCAAGGCCAAGGUAAGCACCAGGCUAUCGCGCGAUAGCCCCUCUGAAGUGUCGACACAGGAGAUACGAACGAAAUCCGCUGGUAACGCCAAGACAAAGUCACGAACCACCUCUCUUUCCUCGGCUGGAUCCAACGAGACUCGCAGCUCCAAAGGUCGAUACACCGUCGAAGUCGUCAUUCCCAUCAAGAAAGCCAGAUCUGGCAGUGAUGCCAGCGACUCCCGGAAGUCUGAACCAAGAGGUGUCAAAGCUGCCAAAAGUGCCAAAGUCACCAAAAGGGCCGCCGAGGGAGAUCGAGUCCCACAGAAACCUAGCAAGAUGAAAGGCGCGAAGAAGGAGAUAGCCAAGGCGGUGAAAAAGGGAACAACCAAGAGUUCGAAGAAAGCGGAAGACGAGGAGAUGCUAGAAACUCAAGAUCAACUAGACAUCAACAUGCAGGAGGUCAGCUGAGCCCUGCAAUCCUUGAGACAAAGCUGACUCAGCGCUGUGGUACAGAUCAGGUACGAUGAUUCGUCGGACCCUCUGGCACUCUGCCUGCCUCA